GUGACCGCUGUGGGACCCGGAAGUCGGAUCCGGCGCCUCGUCAAAACAAACUAAAACAAACCGAGAGCGUUGAGAGCCGAAACUUACAUUCUCUCUGUAACCCUGGAGUGGAGUUGGUGUCGCCAUGGACGAAACGCUCUUCCAGCUAAAGUUCACCUCCAAGCAGCUGGAGAGACUUUCCAAAAAGGCCGAGAAGGAGUCUGAGAAGGAGCAGGCCAAAGUCAAGAAGGCUUUGCAGCAGAAAAACGUGGAGUGCGCCCGAGUGUACGCGGAGAACGUCAUCCGGAAGAAAAACGAGAGCCUCAAUUGGCUGCGCAUGGCGUCCCGGGUCGACGCGGUGGCCUCCAAAGUGCAGAGCGCCGUCACCAUGAAGGCGGUGAGCAAAAACAUGAGCCAGGUCACCAAAUCUCUGGACAAAGCUCUCGGCUCCAUGGAUCUGCAGAAGGUCUCUGCGGUCAUGGACAAGUUCGAGAGCCAAGUCCAGAACCUCGACGUCCACACCUCGGUGAUGGAUGACUCCAUGAGCUCUGCGAUGACGCUGACCACGCCCCAGGAGCAGGUGGACGACCUGAUCCACCGGGUAGCAGAGGAGAGCGGCCUGGAGGUGAUGGACCAGCUCAGCCACCUGCCCGCCGGAGCCACCUCGGUGGGCGCGGAGAGCUCGCAGAGCCAGGACCGGGAGGACCAGCUGUCCCGAAGGUUGGCCGCCCUGAGGAACUGAAGGCGCCCCCCCAGGAAGAGGCGGCGGCGGCGGCGGCGGGCGAGUUUAAAGACGGUGGCGGGAGUCGUGCGUGUGCGCUUCUAUCGAACUGUUCCUACCUGCAGGGCUUAAUGAGCCUAUCGACCCCCCCGGCUCUAUAAAUACUCCCACCCACAACGCUAAAAACUGCAUCUAUUCCUGUUUCUCCCCCUGGAAUCCCCCCAUUGGAUUUUACCUCCUCCUCCUCCUCCUCCUCCUCCUCCUCCUCAGGAUCUCAGGGGAGAAGAUCUACCACCGUGUUUUCUGGGUCUUUGACAGUUUAAAUGGACAGUUCUCGGUUCGUGUCCGACGGGGAUCUACGCCUGUGGGUUGUGGUUUCGCCCCCUCACAUCUGUAUCAGACUCUUUUCUGUUUGCUUUAAACGCCUUAUAUCGAAUGCAGGUGCUCGCGUAGGCGUCCCGCCAGUGCCUGAAGGACCUCAGACCAGAGAGCAGAGGGCUUCUUCUGGUGUGAUGCUUUGGUGUCGGCUAACUUCACUUUUAACACUGAAAAUAAAGUAAUCAUCCCCACGAGUCCGUCCCAAA